AUGUACAGCUACUUCGUGUCGCACUUUUGCGCCAAAAAGCAAGACGAAGACUACGCACUGCUGCUCAGCAAGAUCAACUCAAAGUACUAUAACUACUUCCUGCUCGUGCCGACGCUGCUGUACGAUACGCGCUACAAAAAGAGCGAGAUCCCGUUUCGCGCGUCCUACUUUUUGAAGAAGUCCUUAGCCGCGUUAGUCUGCUUUGCGAGCCUCAUCUGCAUGCAGUCGAAGGUGAUCGGCCCAACGAUGGAGCAGAGCUACCGCGAAAACUUUCUUCAGACGUUCAUCAAGCUGAUGAUUCCGAUCUUCGGCAUGGCUUUCUUAGUCUUCUUCUUCAUUUUCGAGAACCUGCUCAACGCGCUCGCGGAACUCUGCUGCUUCGCGGACCGCCGCUUCUACGAAGACUGGUGGAACAGCGCGAGCUACAGCUCUUUCGGCAAAAAGUGGAACACUCCCGUGUACAUCUGGCUGCGCGAACUGUGCGAGACAAGAAGAUCGGAAACCUGA